ACCAACACCUCUCCAUCACACCAGAGGGCAGGGGGAGGUCUGAAUCCUGACAAUGCAGCUGAUCAAUUUCUUGCCAGUAACAGCUGCGGAUAGGAAACCUAGGAGGAGUUAAAAAUCUGACGCCUUCUAGAAAAGGACCCCUCCUUCCCCGCUAUAAAAAGAAAAACCACAUGACACGGUUUGGGGGAGGGCGAGGUGACAGAGAAAGUAAAGGGUUGCUGGGGGAUGGGCAAUGAAUCUUCUAGGAAUUGUCCAGUAUCAGCUCAGUGAGGAGCCUCCUAAGCCCAAGAGAAAGAGUUUGUGUCUGGGACCCCACCCCACCGGCUGUCGUUUGGCUUGCAGGCCUUGGGGGCGACGGAGUUAUCCGCCUUUUUUCUAAUCCAUCCUUGGCAAAGCCGGGACAGUGACGCUGCCGCCCUACCCAGCCUUUCUCCCUCCUUUUCUCCACCCCGCCUCCCUGCAGACAGGAGGAGGGGAAAUGGGAGGAGUGAGCGAGCUGGGCAGAGCUGGAAACUGGGCACUGCACACAGUGAGAGAGCAAGAGAGCUAACGCGCUGGGGAGCCCGGCAGCCGGCGUUCGGAGCUGCCGAUGCCUCGGUUGCCUUCCGUGGCUGCAACCUCUGGAAAAGACACAAAAGGACACUUCAGCCUGUAUCACCUUUCACAGCUGCUGCAUUCUUGAUCGUUCUUCCCAUCUACACCAGCAGAUUGGGGGGGUGGGGUAAGGAAGGCAAGGAAGAAAGUGUAACUCUUGCUGGACUGGCUUGUUAUUUGUUAUUUUUGUUUUGGUAGAGCUUUAUUUUUAUUUUGUGUGCGUGUUUCCCCCCAAAUCUCUCCUGGAAUCGUGGUUGCACCGUCUCCUAACCCCAGAGGGGGGCAGAAUUGCUGGGGGCCAGUUCUGUUAGUGGCUCCCCUGGGCAUGGCUUCAUCUGGCAGCGGGAUGGAGGAGGUGCGUGUGUCGGUGCUGACCCCGCUGAAGCUCGUGGGACUGGUUUGCAUUUUCCUGGCUCUAUGUCUGGAUCUGGGAGCGGUUCUGAGCCCGGCCUGGGUCACCGCGGAUCAUCAGUAUUACCUGUCUCUGUGGGAGUGCUGCCGGAAACCCGCCAACGUAGACAUCUGGCACUGCGAGUCCACUCUGAGUAGCGACUGGCAGAUUGCUACUCUGGCCUUACUCUUGGGUGGUGCUGCCAUCAUUCUCAUUGCCUUCCUGGUUGGUUUGAUAUCAAUCUGUGUGGGAUCUCGGAGACGUUUCUAUAGACCAGUUGCAGUCAUGCUUUUUGCUGCAGUUGUUUUACAGGUGUGCAGCCUCGUCCUCUACCCAAUCAAGUUCAUUGAAACUGUGAGCCUGAAAAUUUACCAUGAGUUCAACUGGGGUUAUGGUCUGGCUUGGGGUGCAACUAUAUUUUCCUUUGGGGGUGCCAUCCUUUAUUGCCUGAACCCAAAGAACUAUGAAGAUUACUACUAGAAACAACAGUCUCCAAAGAAAAUAAACAAAGAAUUAUGACAUCUUUUCUAACUUAUGGUUUUCUAGAACACUUGCAGAGCAUCAAAGCAGUUUGAUCUGUUGACUCAUUAUCCUCUGCCCUUUGGCUGCUGUCAUUAUAAACAGCUUUUACAUGUGUUUUGGGGACCUGCAGAAAUUAAGAGAGCUGAUUAAACCUAAGCAAACGCUGCAAGCUUCCAAUAUGUUAACGCCAUUUUCCUUGACAAGUGAAGGAUCAACAUGACAGACCAUUGUCUGAAAAGUAGGUGGAAAAAAUGCCCUCAUGUCCUCCUGCCUGCAGGGGAGCAGCUGGCAUAAACUCCAUUUCAAAGUGUUUUCGGUUUUGUUUUUCACAAGGAUAAGGAUUCAGCCGGUAGUAGUCUUUUGCAAGCUUCUCCUAAGGAGUCUUUGAAUUGGUCCUUGGCCUCUUGCUUAAUCAUUUCUUGAAGAAUGAGGUUCCCUUUAGUACCAGGAGAGAACGGGACUGCUUAAAGGCUCAGAUUCCCCAUUGGAGAAGUUUUUGGCCAUAGGAGUUUAUGCAUCGGCAAUGAGCAUCUCCUUGCUGCGCGUGGCAGAGCAGGAAAGCCAAGACUUGUAGACAUUUGCUUUUAAUUAUGUGGUUAGGAGCCGGGCCUCUGCUGUGACUAGCACGAGAGGAAAAUGGAGGGCCUCUCUUUUCCCCCCAGGCAAGCAGAAAGAAAAAAAAUGCAUGAGUUGCAUUUGUCCUAAAUAAUCUCUCAAUCAUUUUACCAAACAUUGCAGUAAAGAAAUGUGCACAUGUUCCCAGGCUAAUUAUUUUUCUAGAAAGUGAUCAUUUAGUACAAUUUGCAAUGAAACCUAUCCCGACUCCCUUGCACAAGGCAUCUCUUCCGUAUGAACCCCAGUAUUUCCUGUAGCACAGUGAUUGGAGCACUGCCCCUGCGCACCUUGUUAAGCAUCUUAGGCUGGUAGCCGCACCUUAGCUGACAUGCCAAGAUCCAUCUGCUGAAGUCGUUUGCUGCAGGCUCCCUUCACGAUGUCAUUAUCCCGAGAAUUUUCACGGAGAGGCAUAAACAGAAUGUUAAACAGAAAUGAGGCAAAUUCCAAAAUGAGGUACUUUAGAGAGUUCACCCAAGAAGAGGGAUUAGGGCUGCCAUUUUCUCUUGAAAGCCCUUCAAAAUAGAAGCUGCUCUUUUAAUUUCAGGAACCUCCAAUGUCGGGGGGCUUUUGUUUCCUAAAAAGCAGAGAGAAUUAAAUAUAGGCGAAGGAGUAGAGGACUAGAGUUCAGCUGAUAGCUGCGUUAUCCUCCGAAUGGAACCAAUUGGCUGACAGUUUCAUGCCUUCAGCUAUUCUAACUCGCGUUUAAAGUGCCCCAUUAUAAUCCUUCAUAGACUGUUUAAGUUAAGGGAAGUGCCAACAGAAGAGAGUGCAGAUUUGCAGCUAAGUUCCUGUUGCAAACUGUGAUGUUUAUUUCUGUUUAAUGCUUUCUAAUUUGAGUACUUAAAUUAAUUAUAAACAUAUUUUUAUAUCAUAUAUACAGUUCUAAUAUAAAAGUUAAAAUACUUAUUUUUGUUAACAAAGACAAGGAAAAGAUAUGUCCUAGUUGGCCCUCUAGCCCGAAGAGACGAUGGAAAUCCUUUAAAACGCUCUGCUGUGCUGUGCUGUGCUGUGCUGUGGUGUUGUGUUCCUGGUUCCACAGAGGGACUGCAGAAUCCAUUAACAGCAGGACGACAUCUCUAGUAUGAAAUGCAUUGGUCACAGCUCACAAAACAGGGCCCUUGCUUCCAGCUUGUCAUUGUUUAAUCCCUGUUGCCAAAAAACAAAGGAACAACAACAAAAACCCAACCCACCACAACUCUCUGCCUUCCUGUUUAAAUACAGAAUUUCUGUUUGUUGAAUUUUCCAGUGUGUGUCUCGUAGAGACACACACGAAAUGAGAAGUGGAAGGCUUAGUCUUUAGUUUCAGCAACAAUCAGCCAAACUGGUUAAAAGUGCCUGAGGAUGACAUUCUUUGGAAAAUGUGUGGUUCUGUGAAGGCUUUUAAGAGAUGGGAGGAAAAUUUCCUAUGAUUCCCCUGAAAAGCACUCGAAACCCUUUUGAACCAGUUUUCUCAGAAAUACGACUGUUUCCCUUAUAAACAGCUUUACAACGAAUUCCAUAUCCUUGUUGACCAGUGUGAGGAACACAAACUUUGUAGAGAUAUUUAGGCUACUUGAAACAGCAGCAAAAAACGCCCUCGAUUGUGAGAGGAUGGCUUUUGUCUUUCCUUCUCAAAUACUAGAACAGUCCUGUGGUGCUGGCAUCAAUCUGUGAGGCAAUUAGUCAUCCAAGAGGAUACAGUGUGCUGUUAGAACGCUAUCCCAUCUACCCAUCUCACUAAGAUUUCAUUCUCUGUCAAUAUGACAAGCGAAAAGAAGUGAUGGAGAACAUGCGUUGUGGGCUGAGGCAGGCAUGGUUUCAGAUUACUGAUAGCGUUUUCUAAUAAGAUUUCUUUUAUCUACCCAAUGACGAGCCCCGUGUUCUGUUUCUACACUUGUACCAUUUGGAAGUGGUUCCGUACUGGCCCACAAGUUCAGUACCAAACAGCACUCCUUAAGGUUUCUGUGAACCCAAAAUGAUAGGCUUUUGUUUCUGAAUAAAUACAACCUAAAUACGUACAUCUAUUAUUCAUAUAUCAUAUUAGUAUCAUUUGGUUUUCUCUUUGAAGCAGAAGCUUUGCCCUUGCACAAACUCAUUGUUUAUCUUCUAGUUACCCAGAAGCACCCACACUCACACACACACUUCGAGCAGGGCUAGUUAUUUGUAUUUCUGAAGCUUAGCGUAUUCCGUCCGGUACUGAUCUGUACAGAGCACCUCUCUUGGAUUUCUUGCACAAUUAUGUUUUAGCUUUUGUAAGUUCAACAUGUAAAUUUUAAAGACAUAAAUAUAGAGAGACUUAUGUAUUUGAAAUAUAAAUGAUAUAUAUGGAUCAGCAUGUAACUGUAUAUUAUUAAACAUGCAAUGAAAUGACUGGUAAGUGAAGCCUAAUCUUAUGACUAGCUAUGUAAUUUAUUCAGACUGUAUUUUUGUACAGAACUGUGCACACUAACCUAUUGCCUCUGUGUCCUCUUUAAAGCCUAAAACUGUGCCUAGAGAUUUCAUCUGUCUUUAAAAAAAAUUAAAUCUAUUUCAUGCUGUUGAUGGUAUUAGUUUCUCUACUGUUGUUCUAUAUUUAUUUUGUUUAAAUAUAUGGUGUGUUUAUUACUUAAAUGUGAAUUCAUGGUAACUCAUUUUAUAAAAAAAAAAGUCAUCAAGGAGAAAACUGUAUACAAAGGUUUUAGCUUGAAAAUGCACAUCAAAAAAAACAUUUCACAACUUUUGUAGCUGACAUGAAGUUAUCUAUUUGGGAGAAAAUAAAGAUAAUAUUGAUAACAUUGA